AUGGCUUACCUGAAUUCUCAUCCAUAUUCACCUGAAUAUGAAUAUCCUGUAUUCAGCGACCUCACCAAUCAAGGGAUGACUGGAGAAACCAGUGAAGACACCAACAAGUUCGAGUUCUCUCAGAAUGCGUCAGCGGAGAGUUCUGGUGUCAAUAGAAAGCGGAAGACAUCGAAUUCGGAGAGUCAUCUUAACCCAGCGAAGUUCACAUUGCUUGAAAGUUCUCCGAGCCAAAACCUUGGUGACACGACGCAUGGAGUACGGUACCAAGCACCGCCAUUGGAUUCAAUGUAUCAGGUCCCUACUCUUGGCUUCUAUGCUGAUACGUGGAAUCAGCCACCGCCGCCGCAGUUCCACCAACAACAUCCACAGAUGCCACUUCCCCAGAUGCAUCACGAGCAACCACUCCAGCUGUAUCCCCUCGAUGGCUAUUAUCAACAGCCGGAAUCAGCUCGAACCCCUCCGAUGACCGAACAGCAGGAAUACACCUUGUUGUCGCUGCAGACACCGGUAGAUAUUCGGCAACCGCCGGGAGGAUCGUUGAUGUAUACUCCACUAUCCGAUGUGUCGUCGACGACGAUGUUCCAAGCAUCACAUCAAGGCGGGUCACCAGGGAACAAUGGCUUUGCGCCUACUUCGUCAGAUAGGCCGACGGUGACGAAUGAUGUGUUCAAUUCGACAGAGCAACGAGCGGUAGUCCCAGCACAGCAGAAACAGAAAAAAGGGAUGAAAGUUAUCGAUGGCUCGGACAUUCUAACAGUUUCGGAAUUCUACUCUCAUGGAAAUGCUGCUACGAUUUUGAAAACAUUUGCCACGCAUUAUCCGGAUGGAAAUAACCCAGUCAUGGAGGUCGAUGGACGUCUCCCAGCAGUUGGAUGCCGAUCCAAGUAUACCGUCACUGUGGACGAGAUCAGAAGACGUGUCGGCGCGCCAGAGUUUUUGAAUAUCAGCGGCUUGUACACGUUCUUAAGAAAAUCGAAAAAGAAGGCCAACAAUGUCAACGUGAAAAAGAUGCUGGACGACCACGAUAUAAAGGUGCUCAAGAUGCAGCGUCAGAAAGUGGCGACACGUUUUUCGCCAAUGUUGGAAGAGGAGUGUCUUCAUAUGGCGAAGGAUCUCGAGAAGCUCACUGAGCGAUUCUUCCCAAUUAUGACGGUUUCUCACCAGUUGGUCCACGACCUGUUGAACAAGAACACUUUGGAGAAGACGGUUGGAUACUUGAAGAGUACUUUGGCCAUAAUCGAUUUCAUCAUCAAUUCUCUUCAAGCUCGCCAGCCAAAGGUCCAUGGAAUGCAGGAGAAGCUGAAGGGAAACAAGGUGGACGUCAGCUAUCAUCUCUUCUCGGUUCUCACACAUGGCUUUGGUCACGCGAACUCUCUCAAUCACUACAAGCUCUAUCGUGGAAUCUUCGAACGAGCACUUCUCAUGUGCACACAAAUCCAGCACGGAAAGAAGAUCGAGCCGAUAAAGGAGCUUCGUCCUGGAGAGAAGCCGUUCGCAUUGAUGAGACCGGAUGCCUACGCUAGAUGGCAAAAAGAUGUGUACAUCGAGAAGGAGAAAAAUCGCAUGAUGGCGACGUACCAUGAUUAUCAAAAUCAUCAGAAAACGAUGCAGCAUCAGAAUCAGAUGCCGACGACUUCAAGCGGAUAA